UUGUCUGCAUUGUGCUGCAGAGAGCUGACAGAGUAUUCUCAUCACAAAGACAGACUACAGGAGGACAAGAUGUUGCUGUGUGUUGCCGGGGUGGGUCGAGGGGGUCUGGGGUUGCUAGCGGUAAAGAGGGCGUGUAUUCUCGCUCGCUCUGCCCACUCGUCGCCCCAGAACCUUGAGUAUCGACCAAUCAAAAAGGUCAUGGUGGCCAACAGAGGUGAGAUAGCUAUCCGUGUGUUCAGGGCGUGUACUGAGUUGGGGAUUCGGACCGUGGCUGUCUAUUCUGAAGAAGAUAGAGGACAGAUGCACAGACAGAAAGCUGAUGAAGCUUACCUGAUAGGGAAAGGUCUUCCACCUGUUGCUGCCUAUCUGCAUAUACCUGACAUCAUUAAAGUAGCUAAGGAGAAUGGUGUAGAUGCUAUCCACCCAGGUUAUGGAUUUCUAUCUGAGAGAUCAGACUUUGCCCAGGCCUGUGGUGAUGCAGGGGUCCGGUUCAUCGGGCCCUCCCCAGAAACGGUGCGCAAGAUGGGGGACAAAGUGGAAGCUCGCUCCCUGGCUAUCAGCGCUGGUGUACCAGUGGUUCCCGGGACAGAUGCUCCUAUAUGUUCUGUGGAUGAAGCCAGGGUGUUUUCUGAGACCCAUGGGUUCCCAAUCAUCUUUAAAGCUGCGUAUGGAGGAGGAGGACGAGGCAUGAGAGUGGUUAAAGAGUACGAGGAACUGGAGGAGAACUACCACAGGGCCUACUCUGAGGCUCUGACAGCGUUUGGGAACGGAGCUCUGUUUAUAGAGAAGUUCAUCGAGAAACCACGACACAUAGAAGUUCAGAUCCUAGGUGAUAAGUAUGGGAACAUAAUACAUCUCUAUGAGAGAGACUGUUCCAUCCAGAGAAGACAUCAGAAGGUGGUGGAGAUCGCCCCUGCGGCCGAACUGGACCCUCGUCUAAGAGACCGACUGACUUCUGACUCUGUCAAACUGGCCAAACAGGUUGGCUAUGAGAAUGCGGGCACGGUGGAGUUUCUAGUUGAUAAACGUGGGAAACAUUACUUCAUAGAAGUCAACUCCAGACUACAGGUUGAACACACGGUCACUGAGGAGGUUACAGAUGUGGACCUGGUCCAUGCCCAGUUGCGAGUGUGUGAGGGCCGCAGCCUGCCUGAGCUGGGGUUAACGCAGGAGAUGAUCAGGGUGAAUGGUUGCGCCAUCCAGUGUAGAGUCACUACUGAAGACCCAGCCAGAGGCUUCCAACCAGACACAGGACGACUGGAGGUGUUCCGUAGCGGUGAGGGGAUGGGGAUACGUCUAGACUCAGCCUCUGCCUUUCCUGGAGCUGUGAUCUCCCCCCACUAUGAUUCUCUGCUGGUCAAAGUCAUCGCCUCAGGGAAAGACAUGUCCACCGCUGCAGCCAAGAUGCACCGCGCUCUCACUGAGUUCAGAGUCCGGGGGGUCAAGCAAUGA